AUGGUUGAAAACGCAAUCAAUGAGAAGGAUCACGUGGUUGAACCAAACAUUCAAUCACAUGAUGCUUCCAUCAAACAAUUGGUUCUUGAUGAUAGCGUCAACGACGGAUUGGUUGUCGACGAUAUCGACAAUUCAACCAACUUAAUCAACUCAAUAGUCGGAAUAAACAACGGUGACUACGAUGGGGAGAAAAGUACUCAAAGUGUAGUUGGGCUGAGCAAUAUAUACCUUGGUGCAGCAAACGUAGUCGGAAUAAGUGACGAUGGGGCGGACAGUAGUCGUAGAGUAGUUAGAAGGAACAUCGUAAGGCUUCGUGCAGCAAAUGGUAUCGAGGCUGAGACAGCAUUCUCGGAUGCCAAUGAAUCGGGCAGUGAAAGAGACGGUGAGACCAGUGAGCGUAGUGGUUUCAAUGUUAAUUCAGUUAUUAAUUGCGAACAGGAUAACGAUGUCGAGGAAAACGCAGUAGGUCAAUUGUUAGGCUCUGGCCAGCAAGACAUGCUAUGA